CGCUGUGGGAUACUGGCGGUAUAUAGUCUAUCCUCGGUGCGGCGUUAGCUAAGGGGGCCAGGCAGGAGCGGGGUAUGAAGAUGGCGGACGCCAAGCAGAAGCGGAACGAGCAGUUGAAGCGCUGGAUCGGCUCCGAGACCGACCUGGAGCCGCCCGUGGUCAAGCGCAAAAAGACCAAGGUGAAGUUCGACGACGGUGCCGUCUUCCUGGCCGCCUGCUCCAGCGGGGACACCGAGGAGGUGCUGCGGCUGCUGGAGCGGGGCGCCGACAUCAACUACGCCAAUGUGGACGGGCUCACCGCGCUCCACCAGGCUUGUAUAGAUGAUAACGUAGAUAUGGUGAAAUUUCUGGUGGAAAAUGGAGCAAAUAUUAAUCAACCAGAUAAUGAAGGCUGGAUACCUCUACAUGCAGCUGCUUCCUGUGGAUAUCUUGAUAUAGCAGAGUAUUUAAUUAGUCAAGGAGCACAUGUAGGAGCUGUAAAUAGUGAAGGAGACACUCCAUUAGAUAUUGCUGAAGAAGAGGCAAUGGAAGAGCUGCUUCAGAAUGAAGUAAAUAGACAAGGGGUUGAUAUAGAGGCAGCUCGAAAAGAAGAAGAACGAAUAAUGCUAAGAGAUGCAAGACAGUGGCUCAACAGUGGCCAUAUAAAUGAUGUCAGGCAUGCAAAAUCUGGUGGUACAGCACUUCAUGUAGCUGCUGCUAAGGGCUAUACAGAAGUCUUAAAGCUUUUAAUACAGGCUCGCUACGAUGUAAAUAUUAAAGAUUAUGAUGGCUGGACACCACUUCAUGCUGCUGCUCACUGGGGUAAAGAAGAAGCAUGUCGCAUUUUAGUGGAAAACCUAUGUGAUAUGGAGGCUGUCAACAAAGUGGGGCAGACAGCGUUUGAUGUGGCAGAUGAAGAUAUUCUAGGAUAUUUAGAAGAAUUACAAAAGAAGCAGAAUCUGCUUCAUAGUGAAAAACGGGAAAAGAAAUCUCCCCUAAUUGAAUCCACAGCCAACAUGGAUAAUAAUCAGACACAGAAAACAUUCAAAAAUAAGGAGACAUUGAUUAUGGAGCAAGAAAAGAACGCAUCUAGUAUAGAGUCUCUGGAGCAGGAAAAAGCAGAUGAGGAAGAAGAGGGAAAGAAGGAUGAAUCCAGUUGUUCUAGUGAAGAGGAAGAGGAUGAUGACUCAGAAUCCGAAGCAGAGACAGAUAAGACCAAAUCCUUGGCAGCUGUAACUAAUAAUGCAAAUACCACAAGUACGCAGUCAGCGUCGGUAGCUGUGACAGCACCUUCAGUAGCUGGUGGCCAAGGGGCACCUACAUCACCUGUUAAGAAGUUUCCAACAUCUACAACCAAGGUUUCUCCCAAAGAAGAAGAGAGGAAAGAUGAAUCUCCUGCUUCGUGGAGGUUAGGUCUUAGAAAAACUGGUAGUUACGGUGCGCUUGCAGAGAUUACUGCUUCCAAAGAAGCUCAGAAAGAAAAGGACUCUGCAGGUGUUAUGCGUUCUGCUUCAAGUCCUAGACUUUCCUCUUCAUUGGACAACAAAGAAAAGGAGAAAGAUGCAAAAGGAACUCGACUUGCAUAUGUUGCACCUACAAUACCAAGACGACUGGCCAGUACCUCUGACAUUGAUGAAAAAGAAAACAGGGACUCGUCUGCUAGCUCAAUACGUGGUGGCAGUUCCUACACCAGGAGAAAAUGGGAGGAAGAUGUCAAGAAAAACAGUUUGAAUGAAGGUCCUACAUCAUUAAACACAAGUUAUCAAAGAAGUGGCUCCUUUGGUAGAAGACAAGAUGAUUUGAUUAGUUCUAAUGUUCCAAGUACUGCAUCAACAGUUACCUCUUCUGCUGGCCUUCAGAAAACACUGCCUGCCAGCGCAAACACUACUACAAAGAGUACAACGGGUUCUACUUCAGCAGGUGUACAAAGCAGUACCUCAAAUCGUUUGUGGGCUGAGGAUAGUACUGAGAAAGAAAAGGACAAUGUUCCUACAGCAGUGACCGUUCCUGUUGCACCAUCUGUUGUAAAUGCUACAGCCACUACCACAGCCAUGACUACAGCUACUUCUGGCACUGUGUCCUCAACAUCAGAGGUCAGGGAGAGACGGAGAUCAUACCUCACUCCAGUACGGGAUGAAGAGUCAGAGUCCCAAAGAAAAGCUAGAUCCAGGCAAGCAAGACAGUCUAGAAGAUCUACGCAGGGCGUAACACUGACAGAUCUUCAAGAAGCUGAAAAAACAAUAGGAAGAAGUCGUCCCACGCGAACCAGAGAACAGGAAAAUGAAGAAAAAGAAAAAGAAGAGAAAGAAAAGCAAGACAAAGAAAAACAAGAAGAAAAGAAAGAAUCUGAAACUAAAGAUGAUGAUUAUAGACAAAGAUAUUCCCGAACUGUUGAAGAGCCAUAUCAUCGCUAUAGACCAACUUCAACUUCAACUUCUUCAUCAUCCACCUCUUCGCUCUCCACCUCCACUAGCUCUCUUUCAACUUCAAGUCAACUAAACAGACCAAACAGCCUUAUAGGUAUAACUUCUGCCUAUUCUCGGAGUGGAACAAAGGAAAGUGAGAGAGAAGGGGGCAAAAAAGAGGAAGAAAAGGAAGAAGAUAAGUCACAGCCUAAGUCUAUAAGGGAAAGGCGGCGACCAAGAGAAAAACGACGAUCUACAGGAGUUUCUUUUUGGACUCAAGAUAGUGAUGAAAAUGAACAGGAACACCAGUCCGAUUCAGAAGAAGGAACAAAUAAGAAAGAAACUCAGAGUGAUAGCCUUUCAAGAUACGAUACGGGAUCCCUCAGCAUGUCUUCAAGUGAUCGUUACGAUUCAGCACAGGGGCGAUCGGGGUCACAGAGUUACCUUGAAGAUCGAAAACCAUACUGCAGUAGACUAGAAAAAGAAGAUAGCACUGAUUUUAAGAAGCUUUAUGAACAGAUUCUAGCUGAAAAUGAAAAACUGAAAGCACAGUUACAUGAUACCAACAUGGAACUUACAGAUCUUAAGCUACAGUUGGAGAAGACCACUCAGAGACAAGAAAGAUUUGCUGACAGAUCACUCUUGGAAAUGGAGAAAAGGGAAAGAAGAGCUCUAGAAAGAAGGAUAUCUGAAAUGGAAGAGGAACUGAAAAUGCUACCAGACCUGAAGGCAGACAACCAGAGGCUAAAAGAUGAAAAUGGGGCCUUGAUCAGAGUUAUAAGCAAACUUUCCAAAUAAAGGGUUUACUACAGCAGCAAAUAACGGUAUUGCACAUCACUAGUAACUCCAGUGGACCAUAGUAUGGCAGUCACUGGAAGUGUGGGAAGAUCCCUUGGAGACUGUCAUUUUCAGAUAUCCUGCCAAACGCCCUCUUACCUGUGUGUUUUUUUGUAUCAAGAUCAUUGUUUCUGUUAAAAUGCAGCUGCUGAGAAGAUAAAAUGACUGAGAAAUCUUGUUUACAGCUACAGCAUAAUAAGGAAAGUGUUCAAGGCCAGAUACGCCUCAGAUAUUUAACCAGUAAGCCUUAGUUGUACAUAAACACUUUUACAUCAACAAAAGCUUUCAGCUCUCACAGAAGACAGUUACUCAAUAAUGUUUUUGUUGUGCCACAAUUCCCAGUUUUUUUCUAUACUCAGUUUUUCUUUAAAUCUUAAGUUUGGAAUUUUUUUUUCCCUUCUAAUUAUUCAUGUACCAGAUUUUCUUGUACAGUGUUUUCACAGCUUUACCAUUUGCAGAGACCACACACCCUUUUAAAUUACGUAUUUGUGUAGCUACCUAGAGUUGUAUUGUCCAACCACCUGGAACAGAGAUGUUUGGUGGAACAUUUGCUUUCACUGUUUGUGCAAUAUGCAUUUAUUUCCUAUACAAAAUGCUUUAAAAGUCAGUUGAAACUAGAAAUAUUUUAAGAGUCCUGUUUUCUGCCUUUAUUGGUCACUUUAAAAAAAAAAAAAAGAAGUUUGUAGUGAAAGAUGUUAGAUCCUGUAAUCGUCACAUUCAUUUGAGCAGGUACUGAGUGAUGCUGUAUAUAUAAAUGUGUACUGGUUUGAUUUUUCAGACCACCACGUGGCAUGCUUGAAUAUAUUUCCCUAUUGCAAAUGUCUGUUAAUGCAAAUUAGGCUACUCCAGAAUAGUGUGUUUAACAAAGUUCAUUAAUUUUUAUGGUAUAAAGAAUUUAGACAUUGUACAUUGUAUGGAGCCCUAUCUUUACAAAAGGUCUAAACUAUAUAAAAUACUUUAUUAUCUUUUCCUCCCAUUUUUUUUUCAUUUGAUAGUGUUCACCAUAAUAAAAAAUUGCAUAAAUAUAACUGCUUCACUACAUUUCACAUACCUGUAUUUAUCUGAGUGCUGUCCAAAACUGUUGUGCUAGCCAAAGUAAUGUACUAAAUCAUUUGAAAAACAUAACCCAUUACACUCACAUUAAUGUUUAUAUGCACUGUUGUUGCCAUGUGAGAAGGCAUCCAAUUUGAUAACACCAUCAUGUCAGACCAUUUUAUACAUUUCAGUGGCCUUUAAAAACAAAAGAAGUAUGUAAGUGAAGAUCGCUUUUGUUAGAAACAGCUUUUAUAUUUUCACUAAACCAUUCAAAAUACGACAUCCUAUUGGCACAUAGUUUAUUGCCUAAAACCACUGAACAGAUCAGCCAUUCAAACAAAUUGUACAUUGUAAAGCUUGUAGUAGCUAUUGUAUUAUUGAUUAUAUUGUGUACUAUAUUAAAUGUGAAUUUGUACCCCUUCAUUUAAAAAGGUCAUUGUGUUCUACUGCCUACUUGGGGG